GUUAGCCAUGUGGAACACACAAGUCGGUACACUUUGUUUCUAACUUGUUAUCUCGGUGUACUCCGUUUAUUUUAGACUAACUUAUUUAUAGGUUGUUAGGAAUGAAUUAUCGGCUCGCGCGGUGUUGUUAGCUAACCGGACUGUUUUUACAUUUUCACCAAAAGGACGCUGUUUUUCAUCAAAGUGGAUAUCAUCCUCCGUUAACAUUCUAGUAGAACUUUUUGUACGGCGGGGUUUUGUUUUUACCUUUUAACUGAAACGUGUUUUUUUCCCAAUUUAAAUAAGUGUUAGUAAAGUUUUUUCGUGUGUGUGUGUUAGUAAAGUAGUUUUAACUUAGAUAAGUGUCUGUGAGGUGUGUGUCGUCGCCAUGGAGAAGGACAACUGUCACUCAGCAUCGGUGGAGCAUCCAAACCCGUUUGUUCACCGUGUGAAGCUGACCAAGGCCCAGAGGAUCAGGGGCAUUAUUUUGGGAAGUAUUCUUUUUCCUUUACGUGUCGUUGGUGCUGCCUUUUUCUUCCUCGUCAUGUGGCCUCUCGCACGACUACGCCUGGCUGGCCUGUCCCAAGAAGAGCGUUCUCAGCCAGUCACAGGCUGGCGGCGCUGGGUCUUCCACCCGAUCAUCUGGUUCCUGAGCCGAUGCGUUUUCUUCUCCCUGGGCUUCCUAUGGGUGAAGGUUAAAGGUCGCAGGGCAGACCUGAAGGAGGCGCCAGUGCUGGUGGUUGCACCUCACAGUGGCUUUCUAGACAUGCUGGUCCUGUGUCCAGCUCAGCUUGCAACAGUCGUGUCGCGGUCGGAGAACACCAGCCUGCCAGUGAUAGGCGCUCUCCUGGAGUUCAACCAGUCAGUGCUGGUGAGCAGAAAAGAUCCAGAGUCGAGGAAAAAGGCAGUGACCCAGCUCACAGAAAGACUGACGUCCAAUGGCUACUGGCCUCAGAUGCUGAUGUUUCCUGAGGGAACAACAACUAAUGGAAAGGCUCUCAUCAAGUUUAAACCAGGUGCAUUUCUUGCUGGAGUCCCGGUUCAGCCUGUUUUGUUGCAUUACCCCAACAAGCUGGAUACGGUCCGCUGGACGUACAAAGGCACAACAUGGACUGAGGCUCUCUGGCACACUACAUCACAGCUCUACACUAACAUGACUGUUGAGUUUCUGCCAGUUUACAACCCCUCUGAGGAAGAGAAAAAUGACCCAAACCUGUAUGCAGACAACGUUCAGAAACUCAUGGCCAAGGCCCUUGGAGUUCCGGCUACAGACUACGUAAUGGAGGGUGGAGUUCCUGUCAGCAAAAUGGGUGGUCUCUCUCUCCCAAUGGAGUCACCUGCCAGGCAAACACUCUCACUGAUGCACCAAAAUGGCCUGGGACCAUCAGAUGUAGAAGCAGCCCUCGACAGAAUGAUUGACAGGUGUCAAUCAGAACCUCAAGGGUCAAGGACCAGUGCAGAGGAACUCCUGUCUAUUAUUGGUCUGAUGGAGAGGCAAACGGCUGUUGACAUCUGUGGUCUUUACUCAAAGGAUGAAUCUGUGGAUCUCAGACAGGUCUAUGUGAGUGUUGCAGCCAUUUCUGGAUUUGUCUCCUUAAAGUCACUCCUUCACACAGCUUUCAGAUUGUUUAACAAAGACGGCAGAGGCACACUGAGUGCAGAGGAGCUGUCUGACCUCAUGGGGGCACUGUUGGGUGUUCCUCAACACCACACCGCCGAGCUGUACAAGGAAACCUCCAGUCACGGCCCAGUAACUGAAGACAAUCUUCUGCGAGAGCUGACCACCCAUCCAACCUACCAGAGAGUGAUCCGCGAAUACCUGCACUCUAAAGAGGUGGACCCCCAGUCGCCAAUCACCACACUGUCCAAUGGAAAGACUGUGAACAACAACAGAAACAUGCACAACGCCAACGGAUCCUUCCAUUGCGGAAAGAAGUUUGACUAAGGACUUUUUGGAGGAUUAAAUGAAAACUGGAUUCUGCAUUUUACAAAAUGUUCAGUUUCCUUUCGUUCUCAGACAGAAAAGUAAAACAGGACAGUUUAAGCCAAAAAAAAA